AUGUCCUCCCCGCCUCCUCCCUCCACCGCCUACACCCUCGCCCCCCUAGUCAUCUCCCCCCGCCUCCUCCGCUCGCUCACCACCAACUCCUCCGCAACCCGCACCUUCGCCCCUCAUUUUAAAGUCGAACCCGACGAACUCUCCAUCCUCCGCGACAGAGCUGGCGGUCUGAUAUGCGGCAAGACCGAAUAUGUGUCCACCAUUUCAUGGCCCGAAGGCACCUGGCUCUCAUCGGACGAAAAGACGGAAGCUGGGGAGUCGGUCUAUCCUCCGCCCGAGACGAGUUUUACGCUCACACCUCUGGGCAUGUCGCGCCGGCUCUUGAGUUCUCUCUCUUCCGACGAGGGUGCUAGAAAGACGUUUGCCUUUCACUUUGAGAGGGAAGAAGAUGAUAUAUGGGUAUGGAGGAAUACAGAGGGAGUGGUCGUUGCUGGGCGAGGCGAGGCGGCUGGGGAGCUGGGGAUCUUCAAGAAGGACUGA